UUCUCCGCUAGGCGUCUCGGAAAGAUCAGCGUUUAUACAAACCGCGUUGAAUCAGCUGCCGAAGCCACGAGAGAACUGGGAGGGGUCUCUUCGGGAGGAGUCGCGGCUGUUCGCUGUCUCGGCGCUUUGGUAAAAGCGAUCCCAGCCGCUCUCGCUGCCAGCAGCGCCAGGACCACCCGGCUCGCCAGGCGAAGUUCUGUUGACUUGUGACCAUGCGUGAAUACAACGAAAGCAAGGAGACAUGUGUGACCAUCUGUCUCAAAUACCUGCUGUUCAUCUUCAACUUCUUCUUCUGGCUGGCAGGUGGAGCUGUGAUGGCAGUGGGCAUCUGGACUCUGGCUGAGAAGAGUGACUACAUCAGCCUCCUGCAGUCCAAUAUAUACAUGGCAACAGCCUACAUCCUGGUGGUGGCAGGUGCUGUUGUCAUGAUUACUGGCAUAUUGGGUUGCUGUGCAACCUUCAGGGAACAACGGAGCCUGCUGAAAGUGUAUUUCAUAUUGCUGCUGUGCAUCUUCCUGCUUGAGAUAAUUGCUGGAAUCCUGGCCUGUGUCUAUUACCAGCAGCUGAAUAAGGAGCUGAAGGAAAAUCUGAGAGACACGAUGACCAAGAAGUAUAAGAAGGCAGGAGAAGAGAGUGUGACCAGUGCGGUGGACAAGCUUCAGCAGGAGUUUAAGUGUUGUGGCAGCCAUAAUUACACAGACUGGAGUGACAGCUAUUGGCACAAAGUUGAAAAGGAAGGAAGGAAGGUCCCGGACAGCUGCUGCAAGACAAUAACCGAUGCAUGUGGUAAAAGAGAUCAUCCUUCAAAUAUCUACAAAGAGGGUGGCUGUAUCACUAAGUUGGGAAACUUUAUCCAGGAACACCUGAUAAUUAUUGGAGCGGUGGGGCUCAGCAUUGCAUUUGUACAGAUAUUUGGGAUGUGCUUUACUUGCUGUCUGUAUAAUAGCUUGAAGUUAGAGCCUUACUAAGAGCUCACGGAUCACCCACCUGCUCAAUUCCUCCACGUUCCAGCCCAUCACCCUGGCCUUUAUACAGCAGCACAGAAAUAUCAACCACUCCAGGACUUUUGCUGCUUCAAGGAAUUUAUUCUGGGAUCACCCAGUGCCUCUGCCAGAAAUAGUAGUCCUCCUUGAGUCAGUAAGGAGGGAACUCAGUGCUCAGCUGUCAUUUUUUUUUCCAGUCCAACGUAACAGAGCUAUAGAAUGCAGUCUGGUUGAAGUAUUUACAAGCAUACAACCUGAAAGAGAUCAUCAGAGCUCCCAAGGACAUGGUGCCUUUGUGUUUUCCCUUCCCGAACCAUCAAUCAAGGUCUUUGAGCUCUGAGGUAUUACAACUGAGCGUAGCGUGCGUGCAGUAGAUUGCUUCUACUUUCUUCCUUUUCCUAAAUGCAGUGUCUACAUGGAAGUUCUCAUGACAAGUUAUCCAAAAGGAUAGCUUUAUCUCCCAAUAGAUGUUCCUAUUGGGGAAUCUUUCCUCCUGAUCUCCUACAGGAUGCAUCCUAGGGAUGGAUGAAUAAGGUUUCCUGCACAUUUUUUUUCCUCAAGGAGCAGUUUUUGCCCUGGAGAAGAAUAUUCUUUGUGCCUCUCAAGCCAGGCAUCGGAAGACAUUAUUUUAUUCACUUAAUUAGAAACUUUGGAACUUAAAAAAAAUCAAACACUGAUUUUCUGCCUGAGGAAGGCUAUUGAGAGAAUCCCACUGUGUGGAAUGCAGUAGUCCCUCUUCAUAGAAUUAGAUCCAUUUCCAGAAUGACCUCUCAUUUCAUUGGGGUAAAAUACAUUACCAAAUUUUAUAUAUCAGUCUUCAAAGUCUCAGAAAUGUUGAGUAGGUGAUGUCUUUUCUAAAAUUGGAAAUAAGGCAUAAAGGAGAUCUAAAAUAUUUCAAAGAAUAAAAAUGAAAACUGAUCAGUACCUCUUUGCAGCCAUAGUAAUACUCCAUCCUGUUCCUUACAGGAGGCUGACCAGACACUGGCUUCCACCACUAGAUUUGUUAGAUUUCCCAAGAAUUCAUUUACAUGGAGGCUUCCUAGAGAAGGUGCCUAUCCUUUGUAGUUCUUCAGAGUCCAGUUGGUAUAGGUCCCUUGCCAGUUUCUUACCCCUUCUUUAACCUGGCUGCAUCACAUUUUGGGUUUCAGUUAUAAAGUUCUUCAGUUAAUGUUCUUUUGCCGCUCAUCUACAGCAGUAACAGCAGGAGCAUGCUCGAGACCCUUUAAGUUUUCACUUUGGAUUAUUGUUUCUACAGUUCCUGACCAUUGGCCAUGCUAGUUGGGUUUUAUGGGAGAUGUGGUCCAUAGUCAAAGGGGAGCACCAUAUUGCCUACCCUGGGUCAAGAGCCUGCUGUCUAUAAGGUCAAUGAUGCUUUGGAGCAUAGCAGGGCAGCUGAUGUGUGGUUUGGUUGGAAGCUCUUACUGCCAUUGUCCCUUCUCCCCAUCUCUUCCCUUAUUGGUUCUUUUGACAGAAUUGGCAGCAAGGGAAGUCAUGUGAUCUGAGGCAUUUUUUUCAGCCAGGACCAAUCCACUAUGAGUGGUUAUAUUUCCUCAUCCCCCCAUCCCCAAAUGAUUAUUCACUCUCUCCAGAGAAAGGAGAGGUGGAAAAAUGUAUUUUUUAAAAAUCCAGAUGAAUCUCUCUCUCUCUCUCUCUUUGUUGACCCUUACUGCAAACACCUAACAUUAACUCACAC